CCAGGGACCGCCCGUCUCUGAAGAUGCACGGGAUAAGAGGCCCAGCUGACACUGGGACUUUGCUCUGCCCUUGGCCUGAGCCGUCUGUGCACCUGUUCUUCUGAGAGCCCAUCAUGGGACACUCAGCUGUCCUUUCCGUGGCUCUGGCCAUCCUCCUAGCUUGGGGGAAUGGGGCUCCCAUCCUCCAGGAGCGCCCUCAGAACAAACUGCUCCUUGUGUCCUUUGAUGGCUUCCGCUGGAACUAUGACCAAGACGUGGACACCCCCAACCUGGACGCCAUGGCUCGCGAUGGGGUGAAAGCACGCUACAUGACCCCAGCCUUCAUCACCCUAACCAGCCCCUGCCACUUCACACUGGUCACUGGCAAAUACAUUGAGAACCAUGGGGUGGUCCACAACAUGUUCUACAACACCACCACCAAGGUGAAGCUGCCCUACCACACCACGCUUGGCAUCCAGAGGUGGUGGGACAACGGCAGCAUGCCCAUCUGGAUCACAGCCCAGAGGCAGGGCUUAAAAACUGGCUCCUUCUUCUACCCCGGAGGGAAUGUCACUUAUCAAGGAGAGGCUGUGACACUGAGCCGGAAGGAAGGCAUCCUUCACAAUUACAAAGACGAGAAGGAGUGGAGGGCGAAUGUGGACGCGGUGAUGAAGUGGUUCACGGAGGAAGACGUGGCUCUGGUCACUCUCUACUUCGGAGAGCCAGACUCCACCGGCCACAGGUAUGGCCCGGAGUCCCCAGAGAGGAAGGAAAUGGUGAGGCAGGUGGACAGGACUGUGGGCUACCUCCGGGACAGCAUCAAGAGCCACAACCUCACAGACAGCCUCGACUUGAUCAUCACAUCAGACCACGGCAUGACAACUGUGUACAAGAAUGCCAGCGACCUGAUCGAGUUCCACAAGUUCCCCAACUUCAACUUCGGAGACAUUGAGUUUGAGCUCCUGGACUACGGGCCCAAUGGGAUGUUGAUCCCUAAGGAAGGGAUGCUGGAGAAGGUGUACAGUGUCCUCAAGGAUGCCCACCCCAGGCUGCAUGUAUACAAGAAGGAAGACUUCCCCAAGAACUUCCAUUAUGCCAACAACUCCAGGAUCACACCCCUCCUCAUGUACAGUGACCUCGGCUAUGUCAUCCAUGGGAGACUGAGUGUCCAGUUCAACAAGGGGGAACAUGGCUUCAACAACCAAGACAUGGACAUGAAGACCAUCUUCCGGGCCGUGGGCCCCAACUUCAAGGCAGGCCUAGAAGUGGAGCCCUUCGAGAGCAUCCACGUGUACGAGCUCAUGUGCCAGCUGCUGGGCAUCGUGCCUGAGCCCAACGAUGGGCACCCUGGCGUCCUGCAGCCCAUGCUCCGCUCAGGGUCUGCUCGCCUGCUCAGAACUCAGUCUCUCUUGCUGAUGGCACUGACAGGGGUCCUGAUGAUUCUGGCCAAGGUCACAUAA